CCCUGGCUCUCCUUCCUCCUGGUACCAAGGCUCAGACAGCAGCAGAUACCGCUCACUGUGCACAGGGCUCUCCAGGCUCAGCGGCUCCGGAGACACUUCCUGCCAGGAGGGCAAUGCUGUGAGAAGGUGCUGCCUGCAUUGUGCUGAGCACAGCCUUCUGCCUCCAGCCUGAGAGCAAGAAAAGAAAAAGAAGAAAGAGAGAGAGAGAAAGAGAGAGAGAGAGAGAGAGAGAGAGGGAUUUCUGCCUCUUUGUAGCACCAGAAGGUUGCAAUAUUUUUUUUGUUUUGUUACAUUGUUUCCUUUCUUUUUGAAUUGUUUUGUUUUGUUUUUUCUAUUUUUAUUUUUUAUUUUGUCUCUUCCAAGUUGGAAUUUGCCAAGGAAUUUGGAAGCUACCUGGAUCCUUUGCUCAGGACUCUGAUGAUUUAAAGGGCUCAGCCCUGGAAACCUUCAUGGCUGUAAGGGGAUAUUUUAGCUUCUCCUUGUGGCUCCUGGUUUGGAGCAGCUUCUGCCAAGUAGGUGCCAAUGGAUGCCCAGCCUUGUGCUCCUGCAGCGGAACUACAGUGGAUUGUCAUGGGUUGGGACUUAAAUCGGUGCCAAAAAAUAUCCCAAGGAGCACAGAGAGGCUAGAACUGAAUGGGAACAACAUAUCGCGCAUCAUGAAGAAUGACUUCUCUGGACUCAAGCAGCUCCGAGUCUUGCAGCUGAUGGAGAAUCAGAUUAGCAGCGUGGAGCGCGGAGCGUUUGAUGACAUGAAGGAGCUGGAGCGGCUACGCCUCAACCGAAACCAGCUGCAGGCGUUACCUGAGCUCCUCUUCCAAAACAACCAGGCUCUCUCCAGACU